GCGCAGCUCACCUGGCUCAUCACUCCCUGCCUGGCCACCGCGGCAAAAGAGAAAUUUCCCUCGUUUUCUCGGAUCUUCCACUCUCCAUUUUCCUGUUUCCCAAGCUCUCUCCUCCGUCCCUUGCUCCAUCAUCAUUCAAACGAAAAUCUCACAACAUGAGUAAGGAUUCCUUGCGCGUCUCCGAUCUCGACUCCUCCCUGCCCGCAGCUGCCGCCGCUCUUAGUGCAGAGGAUCGAGCCGACCUUGUAAAUGCACUUAAGAAUAAGUUACAGAACUUGGCUGGGCAGCACUCAAACAUCAUAGAAGAGCUUCCUCCGAGAGUCAGGAAACGCGUGGAGUAUCUGAAAGAGAUUCAGGGCCAACAUGAUGAACUGGAGGCGAAGUUCUUUGAGGAGAGGAGGGCAUUGGAGGCGAAGUAUCAGAAGCUUUAUGAACCACUUUAUACUCAGAGAUACGAGAUUAUAAAUGGUAUAAAAGAAGUUGAUGGGGCCUCAUCUGAAGCUUCAGGGGAUCAAGAAGCUGAUAAAGCUGUUGGAGGAUCAGGAGUACCCGACUUCUGGCUCACUGCAAUGAAAAACAAUGAAGUGUUAGCUGAGGAGAUAACAGAACGCGACGAGGCAGCUCUUAAGUUUCUUAGAGACAUCAAAAGUAUUAGGCUUGAGGAUCCUGUGGGUUUCAAGCUGGAGUUUCACUUUGAUCCCAACCCAUACUUCAAGAAUUCCGUGCUGACUAAAACAUAUCAUGUAAUUGAGGAUGAUGAAGAUCCUGUUCUGGAGAAAGCGAUUGGGACGGAAAUCGAAUGGCAUUCUGGAAAAUGCUUGACCAAGAAGAUUCUAAAGAAGAAACCUAAAAAGGGAUCCAAGAAUGCCAAACCCAUCACCAAAAUCGAGGAUUGUCCGAGUUUCUUCACGUUCUUUAAUACACCCCACAUUCCAGAAGACGAAGAUGACCUUGAUGAUGAUGCUGCCGAGGAUCUUCAAGACCGAAUGGAGCAGGACUACAAUAUUGGCACGACCAUUCGCAGUAAGAUUAUUUCUCAUGCCGUGGCAUGGUAUACGGGGGAGGCAGCUGAGGUUGAUUCCUAUGGCCACCACAUAGAUAACGAUGGUGAUGAUACUGAUCACGACAACACGGUCCAUGAAGAGGAUACUGAUCAUGACACUGAAGACGAAGGGGCAAAAACCGAGAAGGUAUAGAACACACACAAGGUACCGAAAAUUUUCAUAACCCUGUGUGGACUAUUCACCUUAAUGAGAUGUAAUGCCGCAAUGUUAUGGGUUGAUUUUUACCAUGUUUGUCAACUGGAUUUUCAGGGGAGUGGACUUGCAUGAACGAUAACGGUCUUAGGGUUGCUUCACUAGUAUCUAUGUAUAGGCGUAUCAUAUAGUUUACUGGUUGAGAACGGCUCAUUUGAUGGCCGGAAAACGUUUUGGGCAACCCUAGUUUGAAUUGGUCUGCGCGAUGGGAGGCUUGUAGUGUUGAGAGUUCUUUGAUUCUUUCGUUUCUAUGGUGUUAUAAAGUCCAUUGAUACUCUGUUUUUUCCUUUCCAGGCAUGUUGAGGAGUAACGUUUCUUUUAAUGAGAUGAGGUAAAUCAAAGCUUUCUUUGUUCCCUUGUAGCUUAUAUCCAUGUUUUUUUACUAGGAGACGAGAUU